AUGGUCAAAUUCGACAGUGGUUCCGAGUCCGAGAUGACAACCGGAGACGACAUUUAUAUCGACAGCAUACAUGAAGUCAAGCCCAAGAUGAAGAACGGAAACGGUGUCUACAACGAACCCAAACAUGACCAGUUCCAGGACCGUGAUGAGAUGGAGGUUCUCAUCCUUCCUGACCUCUUCUCCUCCUUCAUGUCGGUCCCAGCCCGUGAGAACCCCAACUAUGCAAGCGUCAAAGUAGACGCCGAUGCUUGGAUUUGCUCCGUUAUCAACGCCGAUGCCGACUGGACCAACAAAAACAAGCGUGUUGACUUUACAUAUCUUGCCAACAUCUGGGCCCCUGACUGCAGUGCCUUUGCCUUGCGCACGUCAGCCGAUUGGAACUCGUGGGCUUUUCUCUUCGACGACCAGUUCGAUGAGGGCCACUUGUCCAAUGACUUGGAGGGUGCUAUAAAUGAAAUUGCCAGGACGCGUGAGAUCAUGGAAGGUACUGCCCCACGGUAUACCGUCGACUCAGAGCACCCCAUCCGCUAUGUCUUCCAGACAUUGUGCGAUCGCAUUAAGCAAAGCCCAGAGGGUAUGUUUGUGGGAAAGCCGACGUCAGAGCGCUUCUACAAGCGUUGGAAGUGGGCACAUGAGCUGUACUGGGAUGGACUGGUCGACCAGGUUCGGACCAAUGUUGAGGGCCGACAAUACACACGUCAUCCAGAAGAGUAUAUGGCUAUGCGCCGAGGCUCGCUCGGUGCCUACCCUGCUCUUGUUAAUAAUGAGUGGGCCUACGGUAUUGACUUGCCUGACGAGGUAGCAGACCAUCCUUCUGUGUUUGAGAUCAUGGUCAUCAUCAGCGACCAGAUCCUAUUAGUCAAUGACAUCCUCUCCUACGAGAAGGACCUUCGUCUUGGUGUGGACCACAACAUGGUCCGUCUACUCAAGGCCAAGGGGUUGACAACCCAACAGGCCAUAACUGAGGUCGGACUUUUGAUCAACAACUGCUACAGACGUUAUUACAGAGCACUAUCAAAGAUGCCUUGCUUCGGCGAAGAGGCUGACCGCGCUCUGCUUGGUUUUCUCGAGGUGGAGAAGAACCAUGCUCUUGGUAGUCUACUUUGGAGCUACAAGACAGGUCGUUAUUUCAAGAGUAAGGAGGAUGGCGCUCGGGUUAGAAAGACGCGAGAGUUGUUGAUACCAAAGAAUCUGGCGGCGUUGUAA